AUGAAGCAAGUCCCGCCGGAGGUGAUCGAGUCGAUCUGGAAAAACAAGGUGUGCUUGAAGGGCGGGCUGAAGACUCCGAUGGGCGGCGACGUGAGCUCGCUCAACGUGCAGCUGAGAAAAGAGCUCGACCUGUACGCUUCGCUAGUAAACUGCUUCAACCUACCCAGCCUCCCCACCCGCCACGAGAACGUGGACAUUGUCGAGAGAACACCGAGGGCAAAUACGCCUGGCUCGAGCACGAGGUCGUCCCUGGCGUCGUUGAGAGCCUCAAGUGAUCACCAAGUUCUGCUCGGAGCAAAUUGCCAAGUACGCUUUCGAGUAUGCCUAUUUGAACAACAGGAAGAAGGUGACUGCUGUGCACAAAGCCAACAUUAUGAAGCUAGCUGAUGGGUUGUUCUUGGAGUCCUGCAGAGAGGUUGCUACAAAGUACCCAAGUAUUAAUUACAAUGAAAUCAUUGUGGACAAUUGCUGUAUGCAAAUUAUUUCGUAGCCCGAGCAAUUUGAUGUGAUGGUAAUGCACUUCAGCUGAGAAUUCUGUUUUGUGAAUAUGGUUUUUAUAUGUGGAGUGUGGAUGUGUUCGUGGCAUGGUUAAAGUUUUAUUUUUUGCUUCUUCUUUGACUAAGUGUGGAUAAUUUGGUUUAUUUUUGGACUUGGUCUGACAUCAGUUGCUAGGAUUUUGUUUGGCAAAUGUGUUUGCCUAGUGAUUAGGAGUUUGUUUGCAACAAAUUCUGUCCUUCUCUCUUGUAUUUAAGAGCUUGGAAUAACUAAUAAGACGUUAGUUAAUGCAUUGGAAUAGACUUGCUGCCUAGAUGGGGCGGCUGCCAAGUAAUUUAAUUUUCAUCUCACCCUGUUCCAUUUACCAUUUAGGCUUUAGCAAAGACAUCUUGAACUUGGGUUGAUUUGAUUUUAAGCAAAGUUCAGGUUUCUUGGAAUGAUGAUCUGGGACUAGUUUCUUGGAAUGAUGAUCUGGGACUAGGAAUUAUUGGAAAUACUUGGUUGACUGGAUUGUGAUGAAUUUGCAAUUACUGGUAUUCGCCUUUAAAUAUACUUUGGCUGUUGA